AUGAAAAAGCAAGCUAAAUCAAAGAGUCCUGAUUAACAUAUUGAAUAAAUUAUGAAGAAUAAAUAAUAAAAGCUUGAGGAAGAUGAAUAUUAAACUUUAGAAUUAACAAGAAUGACUUCACUUAAUAAAAUAAAUACUGAUGGGUAAAACUUUUACAUAAAUAUUUUGCAUGGUAAUUAAGAAAUGCCAAUAAAUUUAUCUUAAUAUUUACAUGAAUAAGUAAACUUUAUAGAUAAUAUUUUAGUAUGCCUUAACUCAUUCUUUCAAAAAUUAUCCUCCAGAAUAAUAUUAUGGGAAUUGUGAAUACAAAUUAAAAAUAAUCAAAGUUGAUUAAUGUAAAAUGGAACAUAGAACUACUUAAAUGUAAUUUAGGUAAAUUACUUAAAUAUAAAUGAAUAGAUUAGAUGAAGGAAAAGGUAUUGCAUAUUAUAGAGUUGGUGUUGAAGAUGAUGGAACUCCAACUGGUAUAAAUUUAAAUGAAAUGUUGGUAUCAAUAUAAUGGCUUAUUAAAUUUGCAAAUAAUAACAAAGCUGAAAUCAUAUUAUAGAAGAUGCAUUAAGGAAGAACUAAUUCAUAAAAGAUAGCUGAAUUCAUGGUGAGAAGAAGAUUAUAGGAUUCAAUUAAGACUGAUAUUAGAGUAGUAAUGUUAGGAUAGGUGAAUUCAGGAAAGUCAUCUUUAAUUGGAAUGAUUACAACAGGAAAAUCUAAUAUUGGAAGAUAAUAAUUUGGUAAAUUAUUUAGAUAAGUUGUUGGAUUUGAUAGUAAAGGAAAAGUAGUGAAUAAAAUAAAUUUAUUGGGAUAGGAAAAAGAAGAUGAAUAUGUUUUUGAAAAUGCAACAAAAAUAAUAACUUUUAUUGAUUUAUUAGAAAGACAACAUUGUAAUAAUAAUGAAGCAAUGUAAAAUAUUUAAUCUCAAUUUCCUAAUUAUUUCAUGUUAGUAAUUAAUGCUAUUUAGUAANAUAUAUAUAAUUAUUAUAAUAAAUCUUAAAUAAUUAUUAUUGAAAUAGAAUAUAGAAUAUUUAUAUAAGAUAAUAAUUAUUAUUUUUAUUAUUUUGUAAUUAAAUUUAUGAAUUCUAGUUGUUCCUUAAUUAUUUGGCUUAAAUUAUAAAGUUAUAGUCGAAAUAAGUUAUUAAAUAAAUAGUAUCUUAUAAAUUAUAGAACAACUAGAAUAUAAAAAUUUUAUUUUAUAAAUUAUCUACUUUGA